AUGAAUACCUUGAAAGGAAGACAAAACUGUUGGGGAAGGAAAGAGAAGCUUAACGGCGGGAAAUAGAAAAGAAGGAAAAGCAAAGAAAAACCACCAAACCAAAAGCAAACUCUCUCAUCAUCUUUUAAUUUCUAUUAAGACCCUAAAGCACGCACUAGAACAAAAAAAGCAAAGCAAGCGCGCAUCAUUAAUCCCUCUCCCUCUCUGUUUUUCUUUUUAAAAGGAGAAUGAAACGGAAUCUCUACAAGAAACAGUGUUGUGUUGGUUGGUAACUAGAUCUUCCUGUCUUAUCCAUCAUUGCUCUGAUCUUCAUAUUCUCCUCUCUCGGAAUCUGCUUAAUGCAUAUGCGUGAUUGGCGGUUUUGAUGUUUGUUAGCCGAGAAAAUUAGGCAAAGCUUAGACGCUUACUUCGAGGUAAAGGAAAACGAAUCACUCCAGUGCACUCAACUGCUUCAAAUAAUUUAGCAAAAAGAAAACUCUACCACUGGUAAUUGAGUACAGGGAAUGGAAUAGAAGAUCUUAAGGAAAAGACGCCCAUUCAUGCUCUGCGUAGCACUGUUGUGUGGAAGAGAUGGAAGCAGGGGAAAGCAACAGUGGUAACGAGAGGCGUAUUAUAUCUAAGGAUUCUUCAUGGUGCAGCCAAUUCCGAAAUGCAUCUAAUCCUUGGAUGGCAAGAUAUGCCUAUGCCUUGAUUUUUCUUGUGGCAAAUCUUUUAGCAUGGGCUGCACGGGAUUAUGGUCGUGGUGCUUUAACAGAAAUGAAGAGAUUUAAAGGAUGCAAUGGUGGAAAAGAUUGUUUGGAUGCUGAAGGUGUUUUGCGUGUGAGCUUGGGUUGCUUUAUAUUUUAUAUCAUAAUGUUUUUGUCAACUGCUCGCACUUCUAAACUGAACAAUUUGAGAGAUACAUGGCACUCUGGAUGGUGGUCAGUCAAGAUUGCUCUCUGGGUGGUCACGACUGCCAUUCCAUUUCUACUCCCUACUGAAUUUAUUCAGAUUUACGGGGAGGUGGCUCAUUUUGGCGCAGGGGUUUUCCUCCUUAUUCAAUUGAUAAGCAUAAUCAGCUUCAUUACAUGGCUAAAUGAAUGUAGUGAGUCAGAAAAAUUUGCAUCAAGAUGCCGAAUUCAUGUGAUGUUUUUCGCAACGACUGCAUAUGUUGUCUGUCUGAUGGGGAUCAUUUUGAUGUACAUUUGGUAUUCACCAAAGCCAUCUUGCCUCCUCAACAUUUUCUUCAUUACUUGGACGCUAGUACUUCUUCAACUUAUGACAAGUGUGUCUCUGCACCCAAAAGUUGAUGCUGGCAUUCUAACUCCAGGGCUGAUGGGGCUUUAUGUUGUCUUCCUUUGUUGGUGCGCUAUUAGAAGUGAACCUGCUGGAGGAAACUGCAUCAGGAAGUCAGACUCUGCAACCAAAACAGACUGGCUAAGCAUCAUUAGCUUUGUUGUUGCAAUACUAGCAAUUGUUAUUGCGACAUUUUCAACAGGCAUAGACUCCAAAUGCUUUCAGUUCAGGAAGGAUGAUACAGCACCAGCAGAGGAUGAUGUACCUUAUGGUUAUGGCUUCUUCCAUUUUGUUUUUGCCACAGGAGCAAUGUACUUUGCUAUGCUAUUGAUUGGAUGGAAUAGUCAUCAUUCUAUGAGAAAAUGGACAAUUGAUGUGGGCUGGACCAGCACCUGGGUCAAAAUAGUAAAUGAAUGGUUGGCAGUUUGUGUAUAUUUGUGGAUGCUGAUAGCCCCAAUCAUAUGGAAAAACAGACAAACUGGUUCUACUUAAGAACGCGUCGAAACACAAACCAUUCUAGUUUUGAUAUUUUUUUCAAGGAAAGAUCUUCAGAUAGUUCCAUAUCUCAGAUGCAGUUAGGAAAAAGAAUAGCAAUUGAAAAAUCAAGGGAAUUCUCUGGAAGAAACGGUUCUUCUUCAGUGGACACUAGACAGAAGCAAUGGGUCUGCCACAAAUGCAUAUAUACUUGUUGGAUUUCUAUCACCCCCGUAGAUAUCCGAUCCUUUCCCUCCAACCAACCGAUCAUUUUAAAGAAAAAUACACUUUUUACCUGUACAUGUGUCAAUCAGGGAGCAUAAUGUAUCUAGAAUAAUUUAAUAGAUGCUAAUUAGAUUUUUCAUUCAUUAAUUUUUUAAGUCUC